ACUAACUUCCCGCUCUUUCUUCCCUUCCUUCACCCAAGCUCUUUGGCCGGCGCCUUUUCUUUCUUCUUUCUUCAGCCUUUCUUUCUUUCCUCCCAACCACCACCACCCACCCCCCUCGUUUAUUUCGGCCGGCCGACUACGCUACCUCGCAUCUCUCCCCAGUCCACACGCACGAAGAACUCACUCACGAUGAAAGUCACCAUUGCCACCGUCAUCCUCGCGGUUGCCUCCUCCUCGCUCGCGCUCCCGUUCCCGAACCCAUUCAGCCGCCGCGGUGGGCCAGGCAAGCGUGGCCUCUGCUGGCCAUUCUACAAUGCCCCGCUCGACCCCGCCAAGUUCAACGAUGGCGGGUCGGUCAACCUCAUCUAUGACUACGAGACGUUCCCCCCGCCGUCCUCAAACGGAAACGGCGGGCUGAACUUUAUCGGGAUGCAGCGCUGCCUCGACUGCGAGUCGUCACCGAUCGCACAGCUGCAGGCGCGCCAGAAGGAGCUCGGCUUCUCGACACUCUUCACGCUCAACGAGCCCGACAUCAACAACAUCUCCCCGCAGACCGCCGCGGCGUGGUACAAGCAGAACAUCAACCCGCUCGCGAUCAAGAAGGCGCUGCCCGCCAUCACAUCGUCCACCAAUCCUGGCCAGGGGCUCGACUGGCUGAAGCAGAUGCUCGACGCGUGUGCGGGGCAGUGCUUCUUCGACUACAUCAACCUGCACCACUACGGCCCAGACCUGAAAGCAUUCACCGACUUUGUCAACCUCGCCCACUCCCAGCACCCGGAUAAACAAAUCGUCGUCACCGAGUUUGCUUUGCAGAAUCCCGCGGGUGGGCAGGCGGCGCAGGCGGCCUUUUACCGCGACGCGUUCAAGUUUUUGGACGCCGCGCCGUUUGUGGAGAUGUACUUCCCCUUCGUGGCCACCACGCCGUCGCUGUUUGCGAAGAACGAUGCGGCCGGGGCGGCCUUUGUCGGCACGGGCUCGGCGCUGUAUAAUGAUGAUGGCUCGAUCAGUGCGGCGGGCCAGGCGAUGUUCCAGUAG